GCUUACUUAUAGAAUAUUCUGGAGGCCCGAAUUGUACCUUCCCUUUGCCGUUUUACUCAGCUAUGGUAGGCGUUUUCGGGGGUAGGCAUUCGUAAUCUGAUGCUUGAAACAUGUAUAGAGGUAUUUUUCACCAAGAAACUAAACACAGAGUGGCUUAAAGCGGCAUUGGGGGCGCACAAAAUUAUCGGUUAAACUGGAUUCUUACUAAGCAGACUGGGAUGUGCACCAGUGAUUCACCAGUGAUGCAUUUUCUCAUCCGCUCUGGAUUGUCUCAGGGCAGGCUCCGUUAUUCCCUCUGAUCUGUCGAUCUUCGCACACCUAAAGAUACGAGACUCCAUUACUUCUCCCCCGAACACAGGUCUCUAACUCUAGCGAGAGCCACAUACAUACGCGAUGCCAGUCAUCGAGCCUUUGUGUGAUUUCUGUAUCAGGGUUCCCCUGGACCCGCAGAAGCUUUCGGUCACGUCGACAUUCACCCUUGGUUCUUUGUCGUGGAUCAAGGAUAGUCGCUGUCCUUUCUGCAGAGUGCUCAACCUUGCGUAUUAUGAGGGUUAUAGGGGACGAUCAAGAAUUUCACGCAAUACGGAACAGAUCAUCCUGCGCUGGGCUGCUGCCUCCGGUCCCGGCAACCGAGGUGCCUUCUUUGCGAGUAGCUGGAUCUGCUUCGCUGGGAAAUCCGAUACUAAUACCUUCGUUGACGACGCCUACUUUCUUCGAUCACUAUUGCACUCUGAUCUAGACAUCUCCAGAAUCGCCCGUUGGAUAUCUUCCUGUGAAACGGUACAUUCCGGUAACUGUGUCUUGAAGGCACCCAAAGCUUUUAGAGAUGCAUUUACUGGGCUGAAUGUCAUGCGGCUUAUUGAUGUUUACCAGAAUUGUCUCGUUGAAGUACAAGAUCUGCGUCAAUAUGUUGCUCUUAGCUAUAUAUGGGGUGCUGUGCCCAAUUUCAGGCUUACUACGUCUAAUAGGAAUCAAUUACUCCUUCAAGGUAGUAUUGAUAAAAUCUGGGAGAUGAUUCCGAGAACGAUUCAAGACGCGAUUACCCUUGUUCGGAAGCUUGAACUUCGUUACUUAUGGGUGGGUGCCUUAUGUCUCUUGCAAAAUGAUUGGCAAGAUCUCGAUCGAGGCGUAAACGUCAUGGAUCAGGUGUAUGAGCGAUCCUGGUUUACAAUUAUAGCUGCCUGUGGGCACGAUGCGGACGCAGGCCUCCCAGGAGUACAAGAAAGGAGCCGAAAGAUGUCCAAGCUCACCCUGGAGGUAAAUGAAGAAGUAUCUCUUGGAGUGUAUACUGGCAUAGACCAAUUGGUCAAGGGAACUGUGUACAAUUCAAGAGCCUGGACUUUCCAAGAGCAUGUUUUAUGUCGAAGGGCUCUAUACUUCGUCGAUAACAAGGUCUUCUUCCGCUGCUCAGAAGCAGAGUACUCGGAGUCAUGCCUCGACCAGUCACGUCCACAGCGGCCAUUUGUAAACCAUUCGUCGUUACUCCCGAAAGCUGUGUAUAUGGAGAAUCCCGCAGAAGACUACUCUAUCUUCCUCUUAUACUACUCCAUGCGGGCAUUAACAAACCAGGGCGAUGUACUGCGCGCGAUGGCGGGCAUUAUACGACGACUUUCGGAAAAAGCAAAGUACAGAUUCUUCGAGGGCUUGCCAACAGCGGUGCUGGACGCAUUUCUCAUAUUCGAAGCUCACGGCACCAAUCUUCAACGCCGAAGCGGCUUCCCAAGCUACUCCUGGACCGGCUGGCGUGGUAGGAUAAAUAUUGACACUCCCAGCGGGAUGAACGAAUGGCUGGCGUCACGGACUUGGAUCAUUUGGUAUAAGAGAAGCCCUUCUGGCAUAACAAAUCUCGUAUGGGAUCCCUCCGCGAACGAGUCAUUCCCAAUACACGCCAAAACAUAUCACGGGUACCGAGAAAGACAACAUUUCGAGUCACUAGUUCCACUUAGUUUUGCAACGUUGCGUACUGCUCCAACACAAGACUUGUCUUCCUCUAUCCCGGCCUCGCCAUACCCGCUCCUUCAGUUCUGGACUCUCACGGUCUUCUACAGGAUUGCGGAAAUAAACGUUUUCACUGCAAAGUGCCGUCUUGUUGGUGAAGACGGAAUUAAUUGCGGCAACAUGUCACUCGACGGCUCUGAAGAAACAACUCUCUUUGAUUCCGUAGAGCCGCUCGAGACUAUUCUUUUGUCUGAGUCGGAAGGGCGACGGGAGUAUUACAAUGUAAUGCUUCUAGAAUGGAAUGGGGGGGUUGCGGAGCGAAGGGGUAUCGGCACCAUCUUGCAAUCGGCGAUUAACAAUAGCUUCUCGCCUGGCCCUUUGUGGAAGGAGAUUUUGUUAGGGUAAAAGAAUAAAAGGUGAUUAACAACAGGAUUUAGUAAUUAAUAAGAUAAUUAGAUUGAAGGU